AUGGCCGCCACCAUGAACGAAGACCCCGAGUCCAAGGUCCACGGUGUCCACGAGAUGGAGCACAAGGACGUCUAUGAUGAGAAGGCCGGCGUUACCGAUUACAAGGCCGGCGCCAUCGAGGCCGAGAACGCAGAGCAUGACAUGACGGUGUUGCAGGCCGUCAAAGCCUACCCUAUGGCUACCUUCUGGGCCUUUGUCAUAUCCUGCACCAUUAUCAUGGAGUCCUACGACGUCUUCCUCAUGAACAACUUCAUCGCCCUCCCUGCCUUUUAUAACAAAUAUGGCGUCUGGGACGAGGUCACCCAGAUGAAUGUCAUCGAGACCAAGUGGCAAUCUGCGCUCCAAGUGUCUGGCCAGCUGGGCGCCCUCAUCGGCGUCUUCCUCGCCGGUCCGCUGACCAGCCGCAUCGGAUACCGCUAUGCCACCCUGUUCGCCCUCAUGCUCUUGAAUGUCUUCAUCUUCUCCUUUUAUUUCGCCAAUUCGCUCCCCGUCAUGUUUGUCUCCCAGCUGCUCGAAGGCUUGCCCUGGGGUAUCUUCAUCGCCAAUGCACCGGCAUACUGCAGUGAGAUUGUGCCGAUUCAGCUGCGCGCCCCUGCCACGCAGAUGCUGCAGAUGUUCUGGGCCAUUGGCAGUAUCAUCGUCGGUGCCGUAACCUACGUUUACAACACCAAAUCUGGCGAGAGCGCCUACAGGAUUCCGAUUGCGCUUCAGUGGCUGUUCCCCACGCCGCUCUUCAUCCUGAUCUUCUUCGCACCGGAGAGCCCCUGGUGGCUGGUUCGAAAGGGACGGCACGAGGAAGCUGCAAAGUCGGUCGAACGCCUCGGACGCAGGUCACAGGUGAACUCGGGCGAAUCUGUCGCCAUGAUGCGUCGUGUCAUUGAGCUUGAACUGUCAGCCAAGAAGCCCAGUCUUCUCGAACUGUUCAAAGGCACCGACCUCCGACGCACCCUUAUUGUUUGCGGUAUCUACGCGGCGCAAAACCUCACGGGCAAUCUGAUUGCCAAUCAGGCCGUCUAUUUCUUCAAACAGGCUGGCAUCCAGACGAAUACUGCCUUUGCCUUGGGCCUCAUCACCUCGGCCCUGCAGAUGAUCUUCGUCAUGCUCUCAUGGAUCUUGACCACCUACUACGGUCGACGUUCGAUUUACCUCUGGGGUUCGGCGGCCAAUACCAUCCUCCUGAUUGCCCUCGGUAUCGCGGCCUCGGUUGGCGCGAGUAAUGCAGCUUCUCUGGCGCAGGCAUCCCUUGGCCUGAUCGUCUCAGUCCUGUUUACGCUGGGACCUGCGCCCGCUUCGUGGGUCGUCAUUGGAGAGACAUCGGCCAUCCGCCUCAGGCCCCUGACGACCGGAAUGGGCCGUGCUAUGUAUUACAUUGUCGAGAUUCCCUGUAUCUUCCUGGCCUCGUAUAUGCUCAACCCCCAAGGUGGAAACCUCGGAGGCAAGUGCGGCUACGUCUGGGGCGGCACGGGACUAUUCUGCUUGGUCGUGGCCUACUUCUAUCUGCCUGAGAUGAAGGGACGAUCCUACCGCGAGAUUGACAUCAUGUUCAAGCGCCGCAUCCCGGCUCGCAAGUGGAAGAAGACGGAGAUUGACGUCAAUGAUGACGAGUAG